AUGGCUCAAUUGUUAUUUUCAAUUGUUCUCUUUUUGUCUCUCAUUGCCCCCUCCCUCUCACUAUCCGCUAUAGCUCGAAACGGCCACACCCGAUCUCAAUGCAUAGUCAACCCCGGUAACUCCUCUGAUAUCGACGAUGUGCCCGCCAUUCUCGAUGCCCUGACCACCUGUGGCUCCGGUGGCCGGGUCACCUUCACCAACAGUACCUACCACAUCAACUCGGUCAUGAACACAACCUGGCUCGACGAUGUGGAGAUCGACCUGCAGGGUACACUACUUUGGAGCACCAACAUCUCCUACUGGCUAGACCAUUCCCUCCCCGUGGGGUAUCAGAAUCAAUCCACGGCAUGGAUCCUAGGCGGUACCGAUAUCGUCUUGGAUGGACACGGAUACGGAACAUUCAAUGGCAGUGGGACAACCUGGUAUGAAUUUGUUGGAUCGACGUCGAACUACCCAGGGCGACCGAACCAGUUGACGGUUUCGGGGGCGAAAGGAGCGGUCUUUAAGGGAUUGCGGUUUGUGCAGAGUCAGAUGUGGACCAUGUCAAUUAUCCACACAUCAGACUCAUGGUUCGAUUCCAUCUACGUGAAUAAUCUCUACGAUAAUGGUCGUUCGGCGCACAACACCGACGGUGCCAACACCAUCUACAGCCAAAACAUCACCUUCACCAACUGGGAGGUCAUCAACGGCGACGACAGUAUCAGCACGAAAGCCAACUCCACCGAUAUCACGAUCGCAGACUCGACCUUCUCCACCGGUCUGGGAAUAGCAAUCGGUAGUAUCGGACAAUACAAUGGGGCCUUUGAAACUGUCGAGCGUCUUCGAAUCUCCAACAUCACAUACGAGAAGACGACUCAUGCCGUGUAUUUCAAAACAUGGACGGGCGAUCAGGUCGGAUAUCCACCGAAUGGAGGUGGUGGGGGAUUGGGAUAUGCGUCUGACAUCUCCGCCACGGACCUCAAAACGAAUAAUCUAAAAGGCACCCCGUUUACCAUAUCCCAGUGCACGACGUUCUCUGGGGCCUCGGGAAACUGCACCAACUCCAAGUUUCAGAUCCGGGAUCUCGUCUUCACUGAUAUUUCGGGUACGAGUAAGUCGGAGGAUGUGGCGAGCUUUCAGUGUAGUGCUGUCGCGCCGUGUGAGGAUAUCACUACCGAGAAGGUGGAUUUGCGGAUUACAGGAAAUACAACAUAUGCUGGGGAGUAUCUCUGUGGAAACGUGGAGGGGACGGUGGGGUUUAAUUGUACGGGGGAGGUGUGUGUUGGGUCUAGUGCGACGGGAGGUUGUUAG